AUGGCCGGGUAUCUCGAGACCCAGGGAGGUAACGAUAAAAUGGGGGGCAAGCAGGUCGUGCACGACGUUGAAGAUCCACCCCCAGAGUCGGUGCCCACGUUCAGGGCUGUUAGUCCUGAUGAUGGACAAAUCGUGACCCAGCAGGAGCGACAGAGUCUGAUCCGAGGACUAUCGCAGCGUCAUGUUCAAAUGAUUGCGAUCGCCGGUGCCAUUGGAACAGGACUGUUUCUCGGCCUCGGCGGUUCGAUCGCCACAGGUGGUCCUCUAGGUGCCCUUUUAGGCUAUUUGUUUGUCGGAACCAUUGUCUGCGCCAUUCAAUUUGCUCUCGGAGAGGUCUCUGCCUUGCUACCAGUGACUGGUUCAUUCGUGCGUCAUGCAGAGGUGCUUAUCGACCCGGCUUUGGCCUUUGCGGUCGGAUGGAACAUCGUUUACGGAUGCUUCCUGAGUGUGCCCAGUGAGAUUUCCGCCGCUGUGGUCUUGAUUCAGUACUGGACUGAUAUCAAUGCUGCGGUGUGGGUGACGAUUCUCAUUGUAAUUUCCGUGGCCGUUGCCAUAUCAUUCAUUGGUGUGUAUGGCGAGGUGGAAUUCAUCUUUGCCAUUCUGAAGAUCCUGCUGGUCAUCUUCGUUGUGAUCCUUGGUCUAGUCAUUGAUCUAGGUGGUAUUCCAGGCAAGCCUCGAUUGGGAUUCCACUAUUGGAAAGAUCCAGGCCCAUUCGUUGAAUACAUCGCCACGGGCAGUCUGGGGAAAUUCCUCGGAUUCUGGGCAGUCAUGACAAACGCAGUCUACUCCUUUGCUGGUGUGGAGUCUCUAGCCAUGGCCGCUGCGGAAACAAAAAAUCCACGUCACAACAUCCCCAAAGCUUGUAAACGAGUCUUUGCACGUGUCACAAUCUUCUAUCUAGCAGCAGUCCUGGUGGUCGGCAUGCUAGUGUCGAGCGCCGAUGAUCGGCUCAGCGACGAUUCAGGCACUGCGGCGCAGAGUCCUUUCGUGAUCGCUGCCAGUGAUGCUGGAAUUAAAGCCAUUCCAUCUAUUGUCAAUGCUGUCUGUCUGACUUCCGCCUGGUCUGCUUCGAACCAGAGUAUUUUGGCGGGAACCAGAACGCUCUAUGGUCUUGCGAUCAAAGGCCACGCCCCCAAGAUCUUCCUCCGAACUACCAAGUGGGGAGUGCCGUAUAUGUGUGUGCUGCUUCAGAUAACCUUCUCUCUUUUGGCCUACAUGUGUGUUUCGAACAGCGCUUUGACCGUCUUCUGGUGGUUUGUUGAUCUCACGGCUGCGGGAACUUUGGUGUCCUGGAUCUGUGUUGCCCUGAAUCAUAUUCGCUUGUUGCAAGCAUUGAAGAAGCAGGGUAUCUCGCCGGAUGCUCUGCCAUGGCAUAACUGGAUCACAAGAUACACGAGCUGGUUCGCUCUAGUCUCAUGCACCAUCAUUCUGCUCACAGGUGGAUUUACCGUAUUCACGAAAGGCAACUGGGACCCGGCCUCUUUUGUCUCGAGCUAUCUCGAUAUUCCACUCGUGCUCUGUGCAUAUGGAGGUUACAAGCUGAUUCGUCGGACAAAGAUCGUCCCUCUAGAUAUGGUCCCACUCCGCCAGGCUCUGGACGAGGCAGAAAACGACCCGGAGAACGUGCCUCUCACGAAAGACAGCCUCUUGUCGAAGCUGAACAUUUUAUGGGGUUGA